AUGUCGGAUAUAUUUUCAUUCGAUGAAUUGGACGACUUGGAGAUCAAUGAAAAGGAAAAUUAUGAUUAUUAUUCUGGUUUAAUUGACUUUGCUGCAAGCCCGCUUUGUGUUCCUCAAGACCCUCUUGAAGAUAUCGAAUUAUUUCCGACUUUUAUAGACAAUAAACCCAUUUCUUUGAGGGAUUUAGAGUGGUACAACGUUAACUCAGAGCAACGAGUUCCGGAGAAGAAACAUCAACAUCAAAAUCAAUUGCGAGUGGCGUUGAAAGAUUGUAGUGGCGGCAGAGGUUUUAUCUCGAGCCAGAAGCAGAGGAGUAAGCAGGAGGGGAAACGCGGGUGGUCGAUGAAAGAAGUGAGUUUUUGUGGGGAGGAUGGUGAGGAGUCACGGCGGAGGUGUAGUCACUGUGAGACGACGGAGACACCGCAGUGGAGGAUAGGACCGUUGGGGCCGAAAACGUUGUGUAAUGCAUGUGGAGUGAGGUAUAAGUCCGGAAGGCUUUUGCCGGAGUAUCGGCCGGCGGCUAGUCCGACGUUUGAUGGUGAAAAGUAUUCGAAUUUUCAUAGGAAAAUUUUGAAGAAGAAAGGUUUGAUGUAA